UGUUCAACUGUCUCGAGCGGGUCGUCUAUAAAUUUCUCGUUGCCGUUUACCUGUCGCAUGUGCUACGUUACCUGUGCGCGUUCGCUACUUUUUUUUACGUUCUUCCGUUUUCCAUGAUCUAAAUUUUUAUCGAUUACUAUAUUAUAAUAUAGGAAUAGUGUUUUUUAUUAUUAGAUUAUUGCUUUAUUAUUUAUGAACAAUUUAAUGUUAAUAUUUGGCAAGUGAGAACAUGGCUGACAACAGCUGCGUGCAAGUAGCUCUUCGAAUUCGUCCUCUGGUAGAGUCAGAAAUAAAAAGAGGCUGCAAGAGUGCUUUAGAAGUAUUUCAAGAUCAGAAACAAGUACAGAUAUCUGAUAAGGCAUUUACUUAUAAUUAUGUAUUUGGCAGUGAAGCAACACAGGAGGAAUUUUAUAAACAGUCUGUGGAGAAACUUGUGCCAAAUUUGUUUAAGGGCUACAAUGUUACAAUAUUGGCUUAUGGCCAGACAGGAUCAGGCAAGACACACACAAUGGGGACGGCCUACAAUGGCACUGGUGAGAUGGGAAUUAUCCCUCGUGCCGUUCACGAUAUUUUUACUUUCAUAAAUGAUAAUUUCUCAUACGAUUUUAACGUGACCGUUUCCUUCAUGGAACUUUACCAAGAGGUCCUAUACGACUUGUUAUCAUCUAAACCUCGAGAGCAAUGCGUGAUGGAAAUCAGGGAGGAUGUGAAUAAAAAUAUUUAUAUACCUGGUUUAACGGAGUUACAAACCAAGUCAGCGCAGGAGGUAUUGGAUUGUCUGGCGCAAGGUUCGAAGGGUCGCGCAACGUCUAGCACUAAUAUGAAUUCACAAAGUUCCCGCAGUCAUGCUAUUUUUACAAUAAAUAUAAGCAUGACGACAAAAGGGAGCAACGAAUGCAAAACUGCAAAGUUUCAUUUAGUCGAUCUGGCUGGUUCGGAACGACCGAAGAAAACAGGCGCGUCUGGACAGACUUUUAAAGAAGGCGUAAAUAUUAACAAAGGGUUGUUUGUUUUGGGAAAUGUGAUAUCAGCUUUAGGUGAUGAAAAAGGAGCACCGGCGUAUGUAAAUUUCAGAGAGAGUAAUUUAACAAGAUUAUUAAAAGAUUCCCUUGGAGGAAAUAGCAUCACAAUAAUGGUGGUAUGUGUAAGUCCAGCAGACUACAACGCAGAAGAAACGUUAUCAACAUUACGAUAUGCAGAUCGUGCUCGUCGCAUCAAAAAUAAACCAGUUGUCAAUGAAGAUCCAAAAGCCGCUGAAAUUAGCAAAAUGCAGAAAUUGAUUCAACAGCUGAAGCUACAGAUUAGCGCACAAGGCGGCCCCUCAAUGACUAAUGAAGAUCUCACCAAACUGCAGACGGAAAUCUGCAGCCUCAAGAACAAGUUACAACAAACUGUCUCGCACAACGUAGUUCUGAACCAACGCGUUAUUCUGAUGCAAGCUGCCAACGAAGGAAUGGCUGAAAAGUUUGCAACACUGCAGGGUGAAUACUCGACUACGAUGCAGAACUUCAACAUGAGUAUGGAACAAAAUGAUAUGGACGCCAUGAAGAAACAAAUGGCGCAAUUGAAGACGAUUGAAAAUCACUUUUGCGACAUUGAUAACGAGUCAAAACGCAGCGAAGCUGAGAUUAAGAAUUUCGAUUGCACGUUUGUGAAGGAUACGGACACAGUGAAUUACAUCUCUGAAGAAGAAAUUGAUAAACAACAAGAAUCACAUAUGAGCAAACAAAUUGCGUUUAAUGCACAAAUUCAAAACAUGAAUAUAGUACUGGCACAAAAACAAGAUUUAGCUAAACAGCUUGCUUCCAAUGCUUUGUAUAUGGUUGACUUGGAGGAGAUGAAUGAUAAUCAAAAUAAGAUCGCCGAACUAGAAAAAGAAAAGAUAGAACUAAUUCAACAGUUGAAGCAAGCGCAGACGCAGGGGGCGAGUGGAAAGAUCGCUGAACAACGGAGGAAACGCGUUCAAGAAUUGGAAGCGCAACUACAUGAAUUGAAUCGUAAAGUUAAUGAACAAGCCAGACUUAUAAAACUCAAAGAAAAAGAUGAUCUGAAAAUUAAAAAGCUAAACUCAGAAAUCAACAGUAUGAAAACUGAAAAAGUCAAACUGGUUAAAAACAUGCGUGAGGAAUCCGAACGUUUCCGAAAGUGGAAACUCGAUCGCGAACGCGAAUUGUCCAAAUUACAAAACCAGGACCGAAAGCGUUUGAAUCAAAUGGAGAACAUGAAGAUGAAACACACACUACAGGAGAAGGUCUGGAAGCGAAAACUUGAGGAAGCAGCGUCAAGCGCUAAACGCUUGAAGGAUGCCCUCGCUUUACGCAGGAACGUUCAAGAUUCCAAAUUAAAAGGUAAAGAGGAACGUCUCAAGCCGUGGGUGCAACAAGAAUUGACCAUUCACGCGAAUACAGUAGUCGUGCAAAACACAAUUAAUACACUGGUCGAUGAUCGCAGUGCAUUGCAAGAACAAUUAGAUAAAUUAAAGGAAAAUGAAACAGAGAACGAAUCUGAGAUUCAACGUCUUGAAGAGCAAGUUGAUAUGCGUAGCGCACAGUUGCAAGAUUUGAAUCAGAAGCUGAUCGAAAGUAAAGAUUUUGAACGCACCCGUACUGGUUUCGAUAAUGUUCAGACAAUGGCCGAUGCAAAGUACGUUUAUCAAGUGAUGUUUGACUUGACUGCUGAUAUCAAGAAAGCUGAGAUUGAAAAGGAGCAUAAAUUGGAUGAGGCGCAUAUAGAAAUGGAGGAAAUGAAACGUAAAAUAAUGGAACUUGAAACGAAAAAUGCAGGUUUGGACCAAAAACACGCAGUGGCCUUAUCUGAAGCGGAAAAAGAAUAUGAAGAGAAGACCCUGCUGCUAUUGAAGCAACUACGCGGUGUACAAAUGCAAGGAAUCGAUGAACAAACUCAACAUCGUAUCCAAGCGCAAGAAGAAAUGAUUGUAAAACUUGAGUUAGUUGUUGAAUCUUUGCAAACCGAUAAAGACGCUUUGCUUCAAGCAUUGGAAGAGCAAACGAUUGCGAUGGCAUCAAGAGAUGUGCCUGUGGCAGUCACACCACCUAUGAAGAAAAAGCGCUCUGCUAGCAUCCAAGAUAAAGUGGAUAACGUUAAGUUCCUUAUGCCUUCUGCAUUCGACGAAUCGUUUAAUAUGAGCAUUGAGGACGACACUAGCAACGACCCAGAUUGGCGUAGGACACCGUUGGGCAAACAGGUGCGCGCUUUACGCGAUUCCAGCAUACGUGUACCCCUGAAAAGGAACCACAGCGGAGGUUGCGGGUGUCGUCGAAAUUGUCAACGCAAUUGCCCCUGCAAGAAGGGUAAUAAUUCAUGUUCAUCCCAUUGCAACUGCGUGGCAGAGACAUGUGCAAAUCGCGUAGAGAAGAUUCAAAAUGUCCCAUCAACAAAAAUAAAUUUUGAGUAACUACUUGCUGAAUAACUGUUUCUGUGAGGCAGUGCUUAAUAAUAUGAUAAUAUGAUUAUGAUUAGUCUAUAGUGAGGGAUAUUUUUAUAUACAAUAUUUACAGCAGUUUUUUAUGAGACAGUACAAACACGUUCCCUUCGGAGGUUACCUUUGAAAGAGCGACAUAUAGCUGGUCUUGUGAGAAAAUGGCUGCAAUGUUGAAUGCUUGACCCUGUGAUUUAUUAAUGGUCAUUGCAAAAGAAAUUGUAUGCGUUUAAAUUGGAACGGGAAAUCCGAUGGUAUUUGAGGUAUCCAGGAAAUUACAUCUUCUCCAGUACCAGUCUAUUGUAAAAGUUCUAAGGGACUAUCAGCAAUCACGUACCGUUACAUAAUUUAGGCAGAUUAAGGUUCCUCAAUAAAAUAACAGGACAACCUAUAUUCAACACCAUUUUGUGCGGAGGGAGUUCAGACAGGUUUAAUGAAUUAAAAAAUUCUAUGGAAAAAUAUACACAAGUAAUAUACUUUCGUCGGUGCAUCAAUCAAUGAAAUAGUUACAACAAGUCUUACAAUUUAUGUUGUCCAUGUCAGGAUAGAUACUGUUGACCAACUUAUGAAUAUUAUUUAAUAAAAUACAAAGGAUUUAUUACUUUUACCACUA